AUGACGGCAGCUGGUGACAGUGUGAAAAACUUCAGUCUAUCACGCAAGUUCAAAAAUCCUUGUUGGUACAACGAGGAAGGAUCUCUGAAUUGCCUUCCUUACAUGUAUCUUGUGGGCAUUCCAAAGUGUGGAACAACGGAUUUGUUUGGGAAAAUUAUUGCACAUCCAGACUUUGUACGCCCAAUUGCGAAAGAACCAGGCUGGUUAUCCGAUAAAAGAUUUUGGCCACGAUACAUGAAAUUUGGAUUCCAAGGUUUUAGCCAGUUCUUUUCUCCUAUUGCCAAGGCUUUACGUACAGCUACUGAAGAUCAAGCACACAAUUGGAUUACAGGAGAUUUUAGUAUCAACACCCUGGAGGGCAGCCAUUUUUGGCAAUACCUUGGAAACAACAAAGGAAAGAUGGAGCCGAUUGAAAACAACCCGCAGUAUAUAUAUCACAUGUUUCACGGCACCAGGAUCAUUCUCAGUAUGCACCUUCGUCGCGGGCUGUACAGCGUUUUUCUCGCGGACUACUUGUCUGUUUUUCCACGUGAUCAGAUUCUCGUGCACAGACUCGAGGACAUGUCUGAUGAUAGGGAACAUGUUCUUAAUACAACACAUGUAUUUCUUGGACUUCGUCCAAUGUCAAAGGCAGAUUUAGAAUUGGUUUCUCGUGGCGAACAUAGUAAUCGGCGUCGGCAAGCAGACGUUUCCAUAGGAGAUAUGUGGCUUUCAACACGAACUCUUCUUUAUCAGUUUUACAAGCCGUUCAAUGAAAUGUUGGCAAACCUUUUAAAGGAUUCUCGUUUUGAUUAUGGACUUUAUUAG